GGGGAGGAUCUGUUGAUAAAGCUGUAAAGGAGAGCGGUGCAGGCCGACAUUGACCUUACCCAGCCUGACAGCCACACACCCAUCCUGACAAUGGCCUUGCUGAGAGGAAUUUUUGUUGUUUCUGCCAAAAGAACACCAUUUGGCACCUACGGUGGGCUGCUGAAAGACCAUACAGCGACAGAUUUAGGUGAAAUUGCUGCUAAAGCCGCCCUUGCUGCUGGCAACGUGUCUCCGGACAUCAUUGAUAGCGUUGUGUUUGGGAAUGUUGCACAGACUUCUACAGAUGCAAUUUACCUGGCCAGACACGUUGGUCUUCGGACAGGAAUCCCAAUCUCGGUCCCAGCGCUCCUUGUGAACAGACUUUGUGGGUCUGGCUUCCAAUCCAUUGUCAAUGGCUGUCAGGAAAUUGCCCUUCGAGAGUCUGAGAUUGUUAUGUGUGGUGGUACUGAGAACAUGAGUCAGUCUCCAUAUGCAGUCCGAAAUAUCCGUUUUGGAACCAAACUUGGCGCUGAUAUCAAGAUGGAGGACACGUUGUGGGCUGGGCUUACGGACUCUCAUAUUAAGACCCCCAUGGCCAUUACAGCUGAGACUUUGGGUGAAAAAUACAACGUAACAAGGCAAGACUGUGACAAUUAUUCCUUCCAGACCCAGCAAAGAUGGAAAGCAGCCCAGGAUGCUGGAUACUUUGCUGAGGAAAUGGCUCCCAUUGAGCUAAAGUCAAGGAAAGGACCCAUCAAAAUGGACAAAGAUGAGCACCCUAGGCCACAGACCACCUUAGAGCAGAUGGCUAAACUCCCACCUGUGUUCAAGAAAGACGGCAUGGUCACCGCUGGAAAUGCCUCGGGAAUAUGCGAUGGAGCUGGUGCUUUGAUUAUUGCCAGUGAAGAUGCCGUAUCAAAACACAAACUCACGCCACUGGCUCGAAUUGUGGCCUAUCAUGCGUCUGGCUGUGACCCUAAGAUUAUGGGUUUCGGCCCGGUCCCAGCUAUUACUGGCGCUCUGAAAAAUGCAGGUCUGUCUUUGAAGGACAUGGAUCUCGUGGAGGUCAAUGAGGCUUUUGCAGCACAGUAUUUGGCAGUAGAGCGAGCACUUGGUCUUGACCCAGAGAAAACCAAUGUAAAUGGCGGUGCCAUUGCCUUGGGCCACCCACUGGCUGCAUCAGGAUCCCGAAUCACUGCUCAUCUUGUCCAUGAACUCAGACGUCGUCGUGGUAAAUACGCAGUGGGAUCAGCCUGUAUUGGUGGAGGCCAGGGAAUUGCAAUUAUUAUUGAGAAUGCAGCCUAAAACGAAACGUAUAAACACGCAAUCCUCGAUGUUUAAAGAAAACAUCACAUGUUGUCUGGUCUCCUUUAAUGGUUACAAAAUGCACUAUAGGCCAUAUGUACCAAGCCUAGAUAAAACUUCAUUGUUUGGCAUUAUUCUACAUGUUGGCUGAACAAUUGCCUUAAUGUCGUUCUAAUUUCCCUUUUUCUAGAAAUAAAACUAACUACACCAUGCUUUCCUUGCAAAGUCAAAGGCAUAAUAAUAUGUAUGUCAUGCAUAUAAACAAGUGCCUUUCAUGGUGUUUUCAUGAAUGUCUCUUGCCAUGAAAUUUGGCUUGUGUAUAAAAUUGUCUAAUCCAGAGUGUAUGCCGCCCAGUGCCUUGUGUGUAUAAAAACAUUGACUGACAUAUUGUCAUUGUGAUUUUUUAUUUUUUUUGUAAUGUUUUCAUUAUUUGCUUGUUAAAUAUGUUAUACUUGCACUUAUGUCAGCCAUUUUGUUGUAAGUCUCUGGUACACACUAGGAUUUUUUUUUUUUUGGGGGGGGGGGGGGUU